ACACAGAGAAGGAGACAUGGCAGGGGACCUCGUGGUUGGGAUGCUCUAUAACUUAUUACUACCACUGCUCCUGCUGGCUGCUUCUUCGUUCCGCUACAAUGGUCUGUCAGUGGUGUAUUUCCUGUUUCUGCUUGUCUUACCGCUGCUGCCGAACCCCAGCCUGGUCACCAUGAAAGGUAACACAGGGCAGUUCCUGCGGCUUAUCAUCUAUACCAGUUUGAUCUUUCUUACCCUGCAGUGCUUCAUGCAGAUCCCCUUCGCCUACAUCCCUCCUCAUGUUAGCGGAUACUGGGAAGACUUCCUCUACCAUGUGGGCAUCGUAAGAUUCAGCUCGGUGGAUGCAGGGAAUGUUGUGCGUCUUCUAGCUCCAGACGUGGGUCUUGUCUUUUCUUCCUUUUUUGUGCUGAGGCUUUGCAAGAAGCUACUGCGCCCUGUACCCCAAGUCAGUCUCCAUGAAAAUGGAAUACCCCCUUCUGCCCCUGAGGAAGUGGAGACCUCUGAAACUGAGUCUGAGGGAGGAAGUGACACAGAGGACUCGUCAUUUGACAGCUCAGAUGAGACUACGGUGCCGGUUCAGACAGGUCCACCCCAGUUUGUCCAGAAGCUGAUAGUGUUUGCAGCUGGACUGAGGCUGCUGCUGUCAACAAUCAUGAACACAGCAGGGAAAGUGGUGGUCACCUUACUGCUGGGGCUGGCAGGUACACUACAGCAGCUGGUGUGCAUGCAGGUGUAUCACAGUUUUACAGUGUCCAUACAUUUUGUCACUUUGAUUUCCCUCUUUUGCCUUGUCACACUGUGGUGUGUGUGUGUGUGUGUGUGUGGGUGUAUGUGUGCAGGCAUCACACUGCCCUCCCUCACCUCAGGUGUGUAUUUUGGGGCAUUUCUUGGACUAGUAUGGUGGUGGGUGUUCAGCCGCUCCAUUAGCUUGCUCCUCUUUAGCUCCAUGUGUGUGAUGAUGGCCAUCUUCAGCGGGGGACACCUGUUGGCUCUGUACCUCUACCAGCUGCCCCUGUCCCAGCAGCUAGUACCACCAGAAGAUGUCUAUGCCAGACUGUUCGGUAUGACAGGUGUGAUCAGAACCAAUGCUUCAGACCGGCACAGUCUUGGUCUGCACCCACAUGUAAGCUGGCCUGACUUCACCAACCCUUUGGUUCUGCUGCUGCUGUACUACACACUGGUGGCUCUGCUGCACAAAUGGGUCCACAUCACAGAGGAGGUUUGUGUGUGUGAUACUGUUGAUGGUGAGGAAUGUGAGAGUCCAAUAGAAAGUCCAGAUGCUCCUCCAAGCUUUUCCAGGGUCAUCUACAUCUCAGGAGAUAAGCAGGAGCUUUUGAGCAGUACAGAUGAAGAAACCUAUCUCCCUGAUGAGCCAAUGAUCUUAAUGGCAAGCAAUUCCUGGCAAGAUCUCCACAGAAAUGAUGUGGGAUCUCUGUUAGGAGGGACGGGUUACACAAACUGUGUCCUUCCACCACAGUAUGAAGACAAGGACUCGCCAUCACAUGAGACCGAAAGCGAAGAAGACAUAGAGGAGAGGAGUGAGGAGGCUCCACAAAGUCAGACAGAGACCUUGCCUCCCCCCUCAGGUCCAAGCGGUCUAGUCAUCUUUGGACGGCUGGUGCAAAAACACAGCUAUGUCAGCGCCCUUAUCAUCAUGAUGGUGUGGAGUAUCACCUACAACAACUGGCUGACUUUUGCCAUGCUGGUGUGGUCCUGUAUAAUUUGGAUGAUGAGAGACCGACGGCGGUACGCCAUGAUGUCUGCUCCGUUCCUGGCCAUCUACGGCACCGUCCUGGUGGUGCUUGGUUUCCUCAGCGGGCUGCGCCUGAGCCGGGCUGAGCUGUACCCUGGUCUGCCCCCGGCCGUGAUAGUGGACUUCGACCUGAACAGUUACCACCCUGCCCCCUGCGUCCACCUGGGAGCAAAGGUUUUCUACACCUUCAGCUUUUGGUUGAUGUUUCGUCAGCAGCUGAAGGAGAGACAGGAGGAGCAGAGCUUAAAGGCGGAAUCUCUAGAUGAAGUCAAAGUCGAGCCACUGGAGGAGAGUCAGCCAUCACCUCUGGUAGCGAUGCUGAUUUCAGGAGUGAAAGGGACACUGGUGAAAUACUGGAUACUGUUUUGCUGCUCCAUGUUCUUUGUGGUCAGCUUCUCUGGCAAGGUGGUCGUCUACAAGAUCCUCUACAUUGUCCUCUUCCUCUUCUGUGUUGUCCUCUAUCAGAUCCGUUAUGACAUGUGGCGUCGGAUCCUGAAAACGUUCUGGGCAGUGGUGGUCGGUUACUCCAUGGUGGUGUUGAUAGCCAUCUACAUGUACCAGUUCAGAAGUGUGUCGGGGCUGUUCAGACAGAUCAUGGGCAUGUCAGAGGAGGGUCUUCGUGACUUGGGUUUGGAACAAUACCAAACGGUGGAGCUGUUUGCACGUAUUCUGCUUCCUGCUGCGUUUCUAUUGGCCUGUAUCCUCCAGCUGCAUUACUUCAAUGCAGACUUCCUGACUCUCACUGACCUCGAUAAUGUACCUGUCAGACAGGCUUCCAGAGAGGAAGAACUCCGAAGUUCAGUCAAUAUGAUAUCUGACAUCAUUAAAGAAAACAUUGAAAAGCUCCAGAAAAGGCUUGUGAAGGAGCAGAUGGGAACUGCGAAAAGUCAGGAGACUCUGGACAGCAUCGGACUACAAAGCUCCUUGGACAGAGGAGCUGAGGAAAAAGAGGAGACAACAGAAGAGGGAACUGUCCCCAGCAGUCCUGAGGACAAGUGGGUUGUGAUCGUGGACCGGGCGAGCCUGCUUAUCAUUCAUGCUCUGUCAGGACUCUGCAAGUUCCAGGAGCUGAGCUGGAGACUGCUGGAGCUCCACAGCCUCAAAAUUGUUUCCUCCGGCAUCAUUUGGGUGUCACUGCAGGAGGUUUCUCUGAUGAACUCAGUCUUCCUGGUUCUGUGGGUGUUUGCACUCCCGUUCCCACGGUUACGACCUUUGGCAUCCAGCAUCUCUGCUGUGUGGGCCUGCGUCAUGGUGGUGUGCAAGAUGUUUUACCAGCUCAAAGUCAUCAAACCUCUCGAUUACUCCUCCAACUGCACAGCUGGCCUGGUACCUUCCAACAGUUCGAGCAUGGAUGAUGGUGAAGUGGAGCUGAGAGGGAACAUGGUGGAGCUGCUCAGGAGGUCUAUUCUCUACAUUGAGCCUGUAGACCCUGUCUACUGGUGUGGAGCGCUGCGCAAGUGUGAGGGCAGGAUCCUCCCCUGUCUCAGGAAUCAUCUGAUGGUGCUGGGGCUGCUGGCAUUUGAGGUGACAGUCCAUCGCCAUCAGCUCUACUUCCGUCUCCACAAUGAUCUGAAGCUCCCACCGUUUAGCAUCAUCUUCCAGGGCAUCACCAGGCAGCACCUGGAUCAUGGCGUCCUGCCCUGCAUCAAGUACUUCAUCAACUUCUUCUACUACAGAUUUGGACUGGAGAUCAGUUUAAUUGUGGCUGUCAACGUGAUUGGUCAGAGGAUGGAUUUCUAUGCCCUGCUCCAUUCUUGUGCCUUAUUGGCUGUCUUGUCACGGAGACGCAGGAAGGCUAUUGGAGAGGUGUGGCCUAAAUACUGCUGCUUUACAGCGGGGCUCAUGGUGCUGCAGUACCUGCUCUGCAUCGGCAUCCCACCUGCUUUCUGUGUUGAUUACCCCUGGAGAACUGCAGCUCAACCUUUGACCUCUAAUGUCAUUAAGUGGUUUUAUCUUCCUGACUUCGCCAUGAGACCCAAUCCUUCAUUCAUAUUCUAUGACCACCUCCUGUUGCUGUGCUCGUCUCUGCAGUGGCAGGUGUUUGAGGAGGAGAACCGCGCAGCGGUGCGACUGCUGGCUGGAGACAACGUUGAGAUCAGCCGCAGUCUGGAUCCUUGUUCCUUCAACCAGUUCAUACCUGUUGAUAACUUCCUUCACUGCAGGUGCUACCUUGACAUGGUGAAGGUGUUUGUGUUCAGCUAUUUCUUCUGGCUGGUGCUGUGCCUCAUAUUCAUCACUGGCACCACUCGGAUCAACAUUUUCUGUCUGGGUUACCUUGUGGCCUGUUUCUACUUCAUGUUGUUUGGAGGCAGCGUGCUGAUGCAGCCCGUCAGAUACAUCCUGCGUCUGUGGGACUGGCUCAUCGGUUACACCUGCUUUGUGAUCGCCAUGAAGAACCUGCUGUCUCUCGGUUCUUGUGCCUACCUGGACAGCCUGCUGAAGAAUGGCUGCUGGUUAAUUCAGGCCUUCAGUAUGUUUUGCACCAUCAAAGGCUACGACGUCCCUGAUCCUGAUGAUGAGUGUGAGCUGCCGGAGGGCGAGGCCGGCAUCGUCUGGGAUGCGAUCUGUUUCACUGUCCUCCUGGCACAGAGGAGGGUCUUCCUCAGCUACUACUUCCUCUAUGUGGUGUCUGACCUUAAGUCUUCUAAGAUACUGGCCUCCAGGGGUGCUGAGCUGUUUGAAGCCAAGGUGAAGAAACUCGUAGCAGCCAGACUGGAAAUGGAGAAGAAAUCUGUGGAGACGCUGAAGAAACAGAUGGAAAAGAUCAAAUCUAAACAGAAGAGUCGGCCCGCACCAGCAGGUGAACCAGGACCUCCUGCUGAUCAGGAGCAGGUGACACUGGGUAACACAGGUGAUGAUGAGAAGGCAAAGAGAGACGCAGGAAAAUGGUGGAAGCCUUGGGUCUCUAAGCCUGGAGUGGAAAACAACUGUGGCUACCACCUGUUUGAAAGUGACAGUGAGGAGGAAGAGGAAGAGGUUGCAGAGAAGAAAGAGGAGGAGGAACCACCAAAGAAGAAAUCUGCUUUCCAGCUGGCCUAUGAAGCCUGGGUCACCAGCUCUAAGACAGCUCUGAAGGACCUGAAAAAGGAGAAGAAGAAAAGAAAGGAAGAAGAGAAGAAGAGAGAAAAGAGAGAGCUGCAGAGACAGCAGGGUAUUGAUAGAACCGACUCUAGUGAGGAUGAACUGGAGGAAAGCAUUGUGGAGGAAGUAGUAGAAGAAAAAGAAAACAUCCUGCAGCGCGUCGUCAGCACCCUGAAGUUCAGCUGGGUGUUUGUUCAGUCUCUUCUUGACGACCUGACGGAGGGUUUGAACUCGUUCUGCAAAGACAACCUGGACAUUUCCAAAGUGCUGCGCUUCGAGCGAGCGUUACUCAACCAGCAGCAAAAGAAGGGCAAAGAGGUGAGCCAGGAGAGUGUAAAGCAGUUUUAUGAGAACUGGAUAUCCCGUCAGAACACGCUGUCGUCUCAGGAUGACCUAGAUGACUCCUUGCCUCCUCCCUCCUCACCACCCUCUGUCCCCUCCUCACGCCAUGCCUAUGCCAAGCUGAAGAACCAAGCCUCCAAAGUAUCCUGGGCCAGCAGCGUUUCCAGCUGUAUGACAGAUGAGACAAUGCUGGUCUCACGGCAGCCGACCCAGGAGGAGCUGGACGAGCCUCCUGUUGUGUCGCCUGCUGCCAACCAGCUCAGACGGAGGCUCCUGAAAACAACCAACAUUGACCUGACCUCCUUUGACACUGAUGAACUUUCACCAAGCAGUGAAGAUGGCACCCCUCAAAUGGAGGAUCACCAACAAGAAGAGGAUGGCAGGGAGGACCCAGAGAGUGAGAGGAAACCUGAGCAAGAACAAGAGGAGGCAGAGGAGGAGGAGGAGGAGGAGAGGGACAAGGAAGAGCAGCAGGAAGAGGAUCAUGAGGUCGAGAGAGAGGAGGUGGACGAGGGACAACUGCAGAAAGAAGAAGAUGAUGAACUAGCUGAAGAUCCAGAAUGCAUCUCUCUGGGUUUCAGGGAGAGUGAUGGAGAGAAAAGUCUCGACCUCCCGGAAUCUCCCAGGCCUCUGAGUCAGGAAACGAGAAACCUCACUGCCAGCGAGCUGCUGCUAAACAAUAUGUUUGAAAAUGACGAGAUCUCAGAGUCCGAUAAGUUUUUCAGGAUGUUGCCAAGGCCACUGAAGCUGCUGUUCGCCCUCUACAACACCAUGGUGUCCAAGUCAGAGAUGCUGUGCUAUUUUGUAAUCAUCCUCAACCACAUCGUGUCGGCUUCGCUCCUCUCCCUCAUCUUACCGAUUCUCAUCUUCCUCUGGGCCAUGCUGUCUGUGCCCCGGCCGACCAAACGCUUCUGGAUGACCGCUAUAAUCUACACAGAGCUGACUGUUGUGGUGAAGUACUUUUUCCAGUUUGGUUUCUUCCCCUGGACCACCUCGGCCUACCGAGGCAUCAACGCUGACCGGCCCUUUGCCCUGCCCAACAUCAUCGGGGUGGAGAAGAAAGACGGCUAUGUCCUCUUUGACCUCAUUCAGCUGCUCGCGCUGUUCUUCCACCGGUCUAUCCUCAAGUGCCAUGGACUGUGGGACAACAAGGAGGUUGAGAUGCCUGACUUCUUCAAGAAGCUGAAGAAGAAAGUGGACAAGAAGAAGAUGACAGGUGGAGAUAAGAUGGGCAGCAAAGACAAACAAGAGAAAAUUUCACGCCGGCUGAAGUUCCUCCCUCUCCACGCCUCCACCACCUCCAUAUUCUGUAGACGAAAGAGAGGCGACUCUGCGGGAUCUGAUACUGAGAUGAAGCCCAAGAAGCAGCACAGCAAGAAGAAGAGACGGCAGCGAAACAAAGUUCCACUGACCAGGAAGCAGAGGAUCAGACAGCAGAUCAGAGAGAGGAUGCUACAGGCCAAAGCCACCAUUAUAGAAGUCGCCCUUCACAUCUACUUACCCAUAAGGCAGUUUUUCUAUGACAUCAUCCACCCAGAUUACAGUCCUGUGUGUGACGUCUACGCCCUCAUGUUUCUCAUCGACGUUGUCAACUUCAUUGUCACCAUAUAUGGAUACUGGGCUUUUGGGAAAUAUUCUGCAGCAGCCGACAUCACAGAGUCCCUGUCGGAGGAUCAGGUCCCAGAGGCCUUCCUGGUCAUGCUGCUCAUCCAGUUCGGUACCAUGAUAGUGGACCGGGCUCUCUACCUGAAGAAGUCCCUCCUGGGAAAGUGUGUUUUCCAGGUGGUUCUGGUGUUCGGCAUACACUUCUGGAUGUUCUUCAUCCUCCCCGGGGUCACUGAGAGGAGGUUCAACAGGAACCCUGUCGCUCAGCUCUGGUACUUUGUAAAAUGCAUCUACUUCGGCCUGUCUGCCUACCAGAUCAAAUGUGGUUACCCAAACCGCAUCCUGGGCAACUUCCUCACCAAGCAUUACAAUUACCUAAACCUCUUCCUCUUCCAAGGGUUUCGUUUGGUUCCCUUCCUGACGGAGUUGAGGGCAGUGAUGGAUUGGGUUUGGACCGACACCACUCUGUCUCUGUCCAGUUGGAUUUGUGUUGAAGACAUCUAUGCAAACAUAUUCAUCCUCAAGUGCUGGAGGGAGUCGGAGAAAAAAUAUCCCCACCCUCCAGGCCAGAAGAAGAAGAAGGUGGUGAAAUACGGGAUGGGGGGAUUCAUCAUCUUUGCUCUUAUCAGCAUCAUCUGGUUCCCACUCCUCUUCAUGUCACUGGUCCAAUCUGCAGCCGGAGUGACCAAUCAGCCGGUGGACGUCUCCAUCCAGCUCAGCAUCGCAGGAUACGAGCCUCUGUUCACCAUGAGCGCCCAGGAGCAGAACUUGGUUCCUUACACAGAAGCUAGGUUCAACCGACUCACCAAGGUCUACGCCACUCAUCCUUCUGCUAUGCAGUUCAUAAUGAACUACUUUGCAGAGGACAUUGUUGUCGCUAAGAUCAAAAGUGAUGCUAGUCUGCUGUGGAGCAUCAGCCCAGCCAGUCGAGCGGCCAUGAUACAGGAGCUCAGCAACUCCUCUCACAUAUACAUGACCUUACGCUGGACACUGCUCAGGAAUGCGUCCAUAUCAAUGAAUGCAGAGACGGUGGGAGAACACACUGUGAAGUUUGAGGACAAGGCCUUGAGGGAAGGGAUCGUCAGCAUGCUUCAAGGCAGCAGCAGCAAACCUGUGAUUAUUAACUCUCUGCUGCCAAAGUUCAUCAGGGGUCCCAAAGGACCAGAGUCCAAAAUGGCAACCAGGAUGAAAGUAGACCUCUCAGAUCGCCCAGACCUCCAUUCACUGGCUUUCUUCAGGCCCAUGUCAAUCAAACUUCAACAGGUCAACAGGACAUCGGAGAAAGACCCAGACCAGUGGUGGGUGGUGGAGGAGUGCUCCCCGGUUCUCACCUCCUCUGAGCUCAAGUGUCACAGCAUAGAGAUAGUGGUAUUCAAUGAUAAAGUCAGCCCCUCCAGUCUGGGCUUUCUGGCCGGACACGGCAUCGUAGGUCUGUACAUGUCAGUGGUGCUGGUCAUCGGGAAAUUCGUCAGGGAGUUCUUCAACGGGAUCUCCAGGUCCAUCAUGUUUGAAGAGCUGCCAUGUGUGGACCGGGUCCUGAAGCUCUGCACGGACAUUUUCGUGGUCCGGGAGACUGGAGAGAUGGAGCUGGAGGAGACGCUAUUUGAGAAACUCAUCUUCCUCUACCGAUCGCCGGAGACCAUGAUUAAGAUGACCAGAGAGAAGAAAGACAGCUAGGGUUUGGCAACAUACGUUAGUGCGGGAAGUCGAGGGUGCAGUGCCACAUCGCAUCACAUUACAGAGCAAAUAAAACUUGGUGCAGUAGUUAAAAGUAAUUUCAACAUGAAUGUAGUUUAAGCUAGGUCACUGGGAAAAGGGUUAACUUGUGAUUUAAAAACAAUCCAGCCAUCAUCAAGAACCCUGAACAAGGGAAGAGGGGUUUUUUUCACCAUGGCUCAGUGAAUCAUGGCUUAUUUGUUUAAAUGUGGAUCUGCCAAUAUUUUCCAUUACAAGCAUUCAUACUGACAAUAACUUUUCCUGAUAUGAUGAUUAGAAAUUCCAAGAGGUUGCUAAUGUUGGAUUCAGACGUCUGAAAUUUAUGUUAGUUCAUUUACUCACACUUGUGUUCAGUUCUCUGCAAAAAGCAAAAAAAAAAAGAGGGUCAUUUUCUUUUAAAGUCUUUGUUCCAGGCAAAUAAUGAUACAAUACUAGAAGGCACUUAAUUGUAAUACCAAUUUAUCUGGGCUGCAGUUAAAUGAAUCAAGUGCCUGCUACUUAUUUGCUAUUAAUGUAGUUUUCGGUCCACUUGAUAAUGCAUGCAUUUCUUAUUUUGAUUCAGUUUUUACUGAUGUCAAGUUCACACAACAUCCUACUCCUUGAUUUACAGUUUCAGGAACAACAAUAUUUCAACAAACCCUUGAUUUACUCAUGGAUCAACACACACAUACCUCUGUAAAUACCAUGUUUAUGUGUAUGUCUACUUAGACUACUGCACUGAUUUAUUUAUAUCAAAAUAAAAAUUGUAGUUACAGAUAAAAAAAAAUGUCUCAGUGUCUCAGUCUGCAAAUACGAUAUUCACCAACAGGACAAGAAUACAAGGAAACAAAAUGUAUUUCCGGUAUUCAUCUUUAAUACAAUUUUAAUUACAAAUGAAAGGAGAAAAAACAGCUAUUUCAUUCUGUUCAGGUCCCCAGUCCAACAACGCAUCUUGAUGUCAUCCAUCUUUCUUGCCCUUCUCCAUGGUGUGCGAGACAGGACAGUUACAAGACC